CCCCCGCCCGCCCUCCCUGCUCCGCUGCCGCCGCCGCUGGUGCUGCGCUCCGGGCCCGGCGCCGUCUUCCCUCCGCUUCCCCUUUCCCUCGGUUCCGCUCGAGCCUGAAGCGGGCGCCGCGAUGGCUCCGGCCGCCGACCGGGAGGGUUACUGGGGCCCGCCGACCUCCACCCUGGAAUGGUGCGAGGAGAACUACGCCGUGUCCUCCUACAUCGCCGAGUUCUGGAACACAGUGAGUAACCUGAUUUUCAUUCUACCUCCAAUCUAUGGUGCGAUUCAGACCUAUAAAGAUGGCCUUGAAAAACGGUAUUUAGCUGCGUAUUUGUGUCUUACAGCUGUGGGAUUGGGAUCUUGGUGCUUCCACAUGACCCUGAAGUAUGAAAUGCAGCUGUUGGAUGAACUGCCAAUGAUAUACAGUUGUUGUGUGUUUGUCUACUGCCUGUACGAAUGUUUCAAGUACAAGAACACAGUCAAUUAUCCGCUGCUUUUCUUUUUAAUAACAUACAGCUUUGUAGUCAGCAUAGUUUACUUAAAUUUGAAAGAGCCUGUAUUCCAUCAGGUCAUGUAUGGAACGCUAGUUUCUAUUAUAGUUCUACGAUCUGUUUAUAUAGUAUUAUGGGUAUACCCAUGGCUUAGAGGUCUAGGCUAUACGUCUUUAACUGUAUUUUUAAUGGGAUUUUUUCUCUGGAAUGUGGACAACAUUUUCUGUGAUAAAUUGAGAGCACUACGAGAGAAGAUGCCUCCUGUGGUGGGAGCUGUGACACAGUUUCAUGCAUGGUGGCAUAUUCUCACAGGCCUGGGUUCUUACCUUCAUAUCCUGCUAAGUUUAUACACAAGGACACUUUUCCUGAAACACAGACCAAAGGUGAAGUUUGUUUUUGGAAUAUGGCCUGUUCUUCUUGUGGAGCCACCCAAGAAGCUUUGACUGAGCCCUGGGCAGUCGCAUGAGAUCACCUAACCUGGCUGAAUAAAGCAUUUCAACAGUUACUGUGGCUGAAGUGUCAAAAUUGUGGAUCAAUCCAAGUACCAUUGCUAUAAAAGGACUUCUCUGUAUUUCUGGGCCAGUCGGCCGGAACAGAGCAAAGAGUUGGCACACUAGGGAAAUAGAGCUUAGUACAGCUUUAUUCUAAGUUGUUAAAACAAAGAUUAAGACACAAUAUUUUUAUGUAUAUAUUGUAUAGCUGAUGAUAUUUCGUGCUGGUCACAGAAAUCUAACCAUUUUCAAAGUGGAUCGCAUACGUUUUUUCAUUCAGUUUUUGUUCUUUCUGUGGUUUAAACUAAUAUUAAUGACUGAAUGACAAAACUAGGCCAUUGAUGACCAAGCUAAGCAUUUGUGUGGCCUAUAGUGAUCUGAAUGCUUAAUCUGAACUAUUUUAAUCUUGCACUUUUAUACAAUUAAUUAAGUAUGUAAUGGUUGAUUUAGGGCUUUAUUCUAUCUUGCUUUUCCACAGCCUCUUUACAAUUUAUAUUUUAAGAAAAAUGGUUGUGAUACCUGUGCCAUUUAGUUCAUUUUGUACCAAGCUUCUAUAUUCUCUUUAGUCCGACUGAGAGGUUCAUCAGGGAGGAUGUUCCAGGGUGACAGCUGAAGACACUGAAGUGGUGAAGCCUUAUAGGGGUUCUUUUUUGUGUCUGGAAACUGAAUUCCUAAUUUGUUUGACCAGUGAUUCAUCAGGAAACUGUAGAGUGACCGUAGAAACAUAAGAAACACUCUUUUUUAUUUUUUUAUAAUUAUUACUUACAUACCUCUUUUUCUAUCCCUGCUUUUUACUUCCCAUUUUCCAUUCAUACCGAUUGACAAACACCUUAGAGGCGUGCUAGUUCAGCUCUGAAUUCAUCUUCCCUGUAUUUUACAAGUCUUAAAUAUUGGUCUGACUUUCAGAAGCAUCUUCUUAUUCAGAAAAGUUGAAGAAGGAGUAAAGAACAAGAUUGAGGUUGAGGAUACCCCAAAUAUAAGUGGCAGCACUUGGCUUGCUCUUAAUCUGUCUGUCACGUGGUUACUCUGUGGAAAGUUGACCACCUUUCUAAAACCAAACUUUAGGGAUUAAUGGGGGGGACAAACCCUCUGUUUUCUGCAAUUUUUAUUUAUCCAGCUGGUGAAAGUUAAGAAGUAAAUGUAAAGAAAACAUUAAACUAACACAGUUUUUCAAAAUAUACCUCAUAUGAAGGCUGUGAUUUUGAUUGUCUUGGUUUUGGGGCAACUAACAUAGUCUGUGCCUACUUGCUGCCCUGCUAUGCAAUUUUUGUCUGCUUUUGAUGCUCUGAGGGAUUUAAAAAAGGGAAAUGCUCGGACUGAUGGGAAAUCCCAUUCUAUAUUGAUUUGAAAUAUGCCCACAGCAGCAAGGCACAGUAAUGUAGCUGUAAAGCUGUCUCCCAGAUCUCAAAGUCCUGACUGUUGUACAAUCAGCGUGGCUAAAAUGGUCUCCUUCCUUUAGUGUCUUUUUCUCUGUUUGCAGUUUAUCUGCAUCUUUCAUAUCCAUCAGUAACACUCCUACUGAUGUGACUCUCCAGAUAAAACUAUGGCUUUUGUUAUGUGACUGACCCUGGACUCUUGGGAUCAAAUAGUCCCAGACUUGGGGCUGGGAAAAGAUACUUAACCUUGAGUGAGUUCAGUGAGCACUCUCUGACACGCUGAUAGCAGUGCAUUUCAACUUGUAAACCACUAUAAAGGCACCUGAGGGUUAAUUUUAGAGCAGAUUUGGUGUCAGUAGGCUCCAGUUCCAUAGUCGAGGUCAGCAUCUAUGCUGGGAAAUUUGAGUGCUUUUCAGAUUGAAAAAAAACCCAGAAUAAUUAGCAUAGAGGUAGGAAAAUGCUGUUGUGGAUCAAGUGUCUUUAAUUAUCCAGACAGCAUAUUUUUUGUAAAGAGAUUUGAGAACUGUUUUAAAAAUGUAGCUUGAAAAUAAGUGCCUGCCUGUUCACCUCCAGGCUCUCUCAAGCAUUCUUCUGCACACUGUAUCCCAUUUUCUUAUUUAGUGUGUUUGCAUUUUUUUGUUAGUUAGGAAAAGAAUCCCAUAAGAGGAGCAAUGCAGCAAAAAGACAUAUCAACAGUCACUUGUGACAUCUGCUAGGCACUGGUAUUAUUUUUAUGAAAAAGAACAAAACCUUUAUUUUAGUGGCCUUAGUUUUGAUACUGAAGGAUCUUAGGGCUCUGUUUAGUUUCCCUGUAAUUGCAAGAACCAGAGCAUCCUGAAAAGCUACUUUCUUAUUGAUCAGACAUCUCUACAAUGGUAUAUUGUAAAGAAUUUGUUGAUUCUCCGGCACAUUUGCAACUAGGGAGUGUAUGAUGGAGUUUUUUUUCAGACUGUGUUAAAUGGAAUUGUCAGGAUUUAGAAAAAAAAAAAAGUUGGAAAAGCUCUUAUUUUAAUUUUAUGCUGCUGAUAGUUUUCCAUUCACGUAUCACUUGUCAUUGAUGAUUUUAUCUUUAAAAAAAUUAUGCAAAUUGGCUUUUUCCUUCAUUCCAAAUGACCAAAAACACACACACCUCUUACCACCCUGCCAGCAACCUUUCUUUCAACAGGUUAUAUUAGACCUUGAAGAAUGUAAUUUACCUGUGUAUCCUUCUAAGCAUAAAUAAUCUAAAAUCAUGGGUGCUUUGGUUUGACUGCCUUACUGAUCUUGUGAGUGAUAUUGAAAAUGACAAGCCAGUUUUAACUACAUGUUACUGAAAUUCAGACUGCCUUUUCUAGUGCCUGGAAAGACAUACAUCCUUACUCCUGUAAUGUGUUAAAUGUCUGUUAAAUUGCUUUUUAUUUAUAUCACUUGUAUGACAAUGCUGAUCUUUUUUUUUUCUACAGACCUUAGAGCAGCAUAUCCCAAACUUUUCUCGCGCUACAUCUUAUAAGGUCACAUUUGAUACUAUUUUUUGAGUAGGAUUCAAACAGCAGCUGCGUUAAAGAGAAGUAACAUGUAAUUUAAUAUGAAUCUUUCAGAAUGUGUUGGACGGACUUGAUAGCAAUGAACUCUUCUAUUCUUUAACAUCUACGAAGAACCAGGAAAUCUGCCAUACUUUACAAACUACAGUUUGACACAGAUGAGCAGCAAGUAGUUCUGCAGAACAUGAGCUGAAAAAUUCUUUCUUGGAAAUAAGAGGAAAACCUCAAAAUUAUUCUCACAGUACAGAUCAAAGCUAUACUUUAUUCUGGGAAUCUAGAUUUUUUGGAUACAGCUCAAGACAUGCGUUAUCCAGAACUGCAGAGAAGACGUGAGGAGGAAUCUCACCCAUAUUCUGAGGGCAGUGUUGUUGGCUAGCAGUAUUAGUCAUCUCCAGACUUCAUCUUAACGCUUUUUGUGUUAGCACAGGGAUGAUGUGCUGCUCAUGAGUGUUUAGAAGCCUACCCCAUAGUCAGAGUUGGAAUAUGCAGUCUAUCACUGGCCAAUCUACCUCUGUCAUGUAUUGUACAAUACCUGUGCCCUUAAUUACAUUUGUCUGAAUGCUUGUAUAUUAGAGCAGCCUGACUUACACCAUGCAGUCCCUGAGAGUGGCAACAGUAUUAUAUUGAUUUGUGACUGACUCUAUUCACUCCCUGUAAACAACCUGACUUGUUUGGUGUCUGUCACUUACAGCUUGUGCUCAGUCUGCUGUUCAUCUGUGUGUAAGUCUGUCUGCUUUGGAAAGAGAUUCAAGUAGGAGGACUUCAGACAGGUGUAGUGAAGUGUUUUAAGAGGAAUGUGAUGGAAAACAGUGCUUUAUAAUUAGUUUUAAUUCUCUUCUAAUCCAGUUUUGUACUAUGUUUAUCCCUGGGGCUGUCUUGUUUGGCUGAAGCUAAACUGUAUGGUUUGAAAUGCAGUUGAUUCUUUUGACUGUAGUGGAUUUGCUCCCAGCAUUUGGUUUUGAGCACCUGAAUGUCUUUUUCAGCAAACUCUUCCAUGUGGAACUCUUGGCAACAGAAAAUCCUCCCAAUACCAUUGGUGUAUCUCACAAUUGCUCCCACCUUGUUUAAUCUGCAUUCAAAAAUUUCAGUAAUACCUUUUUUUUUUUUUUUAAACCUGUUUCUUUCUGUGGAUAUAUUAUGACAUUCGAUAGCAGGUGGUGAAAAAAUUCAAUACAACACUUCUCAGACAAAGAUGAGCUGUAACGAAGCAGCACUGCUAUUUUCUUUAGUAGACAUCAGAAUUCAGGAACACACUUCCAUUUUGGUGGAAUUGUGCUCCUCCUAAUUUAACAUAGUCAGGUAAAAUUUUUGGUUUACUUUAAACCCCAUUUGCACUUUAACUGUGAAGUGCUGUUUGACUGUGAGACUUUAUCAUGAAGAGGGAUAAAUGAUGGAGUCUUUAUUACCCAUGAGCAGAGCAAAGCCAGAAGGGGAUUAAGAAAUCUUACAUAAAAAGAGAAUAACAAAGAUUAAGCACAGAAUCCCAUAGUACUACAUCAGCCCUCCUGGUAGCUGCACUUUACCUAUUUGAAUGUUUUGCUAUUUAUACAUUUAGCUUUCUGUGUUGACUCUACACUCUUCACCAUAGGAGUGAUGUGGUCUCUGUUACAUUCAGUUCAUUGUAUAUUACUUAGCGGCUGUUUUAUGAGGAUGGAACAUGACACGGAUUGUUUCAUACAUCAAUGAAUACGUUUCUUAUCCAUCUGGAAUGUCCUCUGCCAGCUUUGUUUCAGAGUCUGUAAUCUAUAGAGAACGUCCUGUAUAACUGUUAAGAUUGGGUUUAGGUUUCUUUGUUCAGUUUCUCACGCACAACUGCCUACAGCUGCCAAGUGCCUGAUCUCUCUGUCUCAAGGCUUUUCUGAGAGCUGGGGCUCUGUUUUCCACUGGGGUCUGUAACACAAAGUCUCUGGAAGGUGGGGUCAGUUAUUGUUAAAAAUUCUCCUUCUACAGGAAUCACAGUGCUAUUUUUAGUGAUUUUCAAGUUAGUUAUCCAGUAUAUGGCUGCCUCUGGCUCAAAUGUGAGCCUGACUACCCUACAUCCCUGAUGCUGUUGCAUCUUUUCAGGCUUUGAGAGCUGUUUGGGGGAUUUAGGCUUACAGCUGGUGUUUAUUUUGGGUUGUGUAGUUCAAUGACAGGCAGUGUGAGGAUGCAGCAGUUGAGCAAGCACUUUAUGCAGAACCCCACUACUGGAGCUCCCAGGCAGAUGCUUCAAACAGGGUUGGGGAUAUGGGGAUUCAUAUGUAUAAUGGGGGCAGGUUUGAUGCUUGAACCUCUUAUUUUACAUUAGAACUCUCCUAUAUUACUUGUUGAAAGUGUUUAGGUUUGAUUAGGUGUGUAAUUGUAGAUUUAAGAAGAAUCAAGUUCAGAGUCCAGUUAAUGCAAGACCCUAAACCAGUGCCUGCAAUUUUUUUUUGCACAUAUUUCACACAAAUUGAAUCUGCCUGAUGUUUAAGAGCAGAUUGUCAGGAUUUUUAAAAAUGCAAAGGUAAAGGGUCUUUUGUUUAUUUGUCCACAGGAAUAGCUGUAAGCACAAUCUCAGAUUCAUCAUUCUUUCCCCAAAGCUCUGGAACAUAUAUAUGUUUCUCCAAAGAUCAUGUUGAGUAGAAUGGACUUUCACACGUGCUCAUAGCAAAUUAUGUGCCAAAUUAGAGCCUUGGUCAGUCACUGUGGAAGAACUUUGGUUGUGUAUAAUAUUGCUCCCUGGAUUUUGGAAGAGAGUUUCGAUCAGCAUAAACUGUAGUUACUCCUUAGACUGAACAAGAACUCAUUUUUUUUCUUGAUUUUCCAAAUUGAUGUUGACUGUUUCAUGCUGACUGUUGAUCUCAGCUUAAUGCACCAGUGAUGUCAUUGUCUGAUCAAAUAACAUCGGUCCACCUGUAGUGGAUACGAAAUCCCCCAUGCAUUAUGUGACCAAACUUUCUAACGUUGACACUAUUAGUUCUAACGUGUGAUUUUUCUUCCUGAAAUUCAGUAUAUUGUUGCAGAUAGAUAACAACACUGUGACAGAUGAGUAGCAGUUGACUUGUAAAACACAGCUGUGUUGAGCAAUG